AUGACUCGUCUAGUUGAGCAGCAAGCGCAGUUAAUCGAGCAACAGACGGCUUUCUUCCAGAGGCAAACAGCACAACCGGGUACGUCUACAUCUCAGAUGGAGCUACAAUUGACGCCAUAUGAAAGGUUCAGGAAGUAUGGUCCAUCUAAUAUUUCGGGAAGUGCUGAUCCCAUAGAAGCGGAGAAUUGGAUAACUGGAAUGGAGAGGAUUUUCUCAAUCAUGGAAGUUUCAGACACCCAACGUGUGGCACUUGCGUCUUUUAUGCUAGAAGGGGAUGCUCAGUACUGGUGGGAGGCCACCCAGAGGCGACUAGACCCGAACUCCUUACAUGCUAUCACUUGGUUUGAGUUCACACAAGCAUUUUAUAACAAGUACUUUCCAGCCUCUUUUCGGCGUACCAAGGAGCGGGAAUUUUUGAAUUUGAAGCAGGGGGAACUUGGUGUAGCUGAAUAUGAAUUGAAAUUUACCAAGUUGUCACGUUUCGCCCCUACCUUGGUAAGUGAUGAGACCUCCAAAUGCAAUAGGUUCUUGGAUGGAUUGAAUCUCAACAUUAGGUCGCGCCUUUCAGUUUUGGAGAUCCCGACAUUUUCUGACCUAUAUAAUAAAGCUAUUAUCGCUGAAGAGGAUUUACGAGAGGAGGUGGUUCAGAGGGAACAAUGUAGUAAUCAGCCCAGUAGCUCGGGAUUAGCGAAAUCCUACCGACCACAAAAAUGUAGUGGAUUCACUCAGAGCUUAUUUGAGAGCAAGACAACUUCUCAAAGGGGUCCAUCGUCAUCUUAUCGUUCAGAAGGUGCAUUUAGUCAGACUGAACAGAAACGUGGUCGAGCUAAUAUCACAAGAAGCCAGAAUUGUCAGGUUUGUGGGCGUGUUCACUCUGGUGUUUGUCGUGUGCAAUCUGGAGAAUGUUAUUAUUGCGGACAACUUGGUCACUUAAGGAACAACUGUCAUGAGCUUCAGAGUAGAGUAGCAACUUGUUUUCGAUGUGGUAUGAGAGGACAUAUGGCACGAAAUUGUACGCAGCCCUUCCCAUCAGCAGUUAGCAGUUCUAGUGUGGGCAAUAGGCCAUCUCAAGUGAGAGGACGUGGACAGGUGAGCAGUAAUCAGAGUCUACAAAGUCGAGGGGGUGGAUCAAUGGGAAGCUCAGCGGGCCAGGCUAAUAGACCAAUGACGCAGGGUAGAGUGUUCACCUUAACCAAGCGAGAUGCAGAUGCUACUCCUACCGUAGUGACGGAUGAGCCUGAAUUCAAAUUUUAUGGAGAUCGGUUGAAUGUUCCAUUUGAGUUCGUAUCCUUCCUCAAGGCAAGAAAACAAUUGAAAAAGGAGUGUGAAGCAUACUUAGCACAUGUAGUUGCUACUGAAGUUGACUCACUGAAGCUUAGUGAAAUUCCAGUGGUCUACAAGUUUCUGGAUGUCUUUCCUGAUGAGUUACCUGGUUUUCCUCCUGAUAGAGAGAUUGAAUGUACUAUCGAGUUAGAGCUCGAUACUGCUCCGAUUUCUCACACACCGUAUCGUAUGGCCCCGUCAGAACUCAAGGAAUUGAAAGUCCAGCUGCAAGAAUUAUUAGAAAAGGGAUUUAUCAGGCCUAGUGUAUCUCCUUGGGGUGCUCUAGUUUUGUUUGUAAAGAAGAAGGAGGGUUCGCUCAGAUUGUGUAUAGAUUAUCGGCAGUUGAAUAGGGUCAUAGUGCGCAAUAAAUGUCCUUUGCCCCGAAUAGAUGACUUAUUUGAUCAGCUCCGAGGCACCACUGUCUUCUCGAAGAUUGACCUUAGAUCGGGAUACCACCAGUUGAGGAUAAAGGAUUCUGAUGUGCCCAAGACUGCAUUUCGCACUCAGCAUGGACAUUAUGAAUUUCUUAUGAUGCAUUUUGGGGAUGAGCAUGAAGAACAUCUUCGAGUCGUGUUGCAGAUUUUGAGGCAGAGAAAACUUUAUGCCAAGUCUGAUAAAUGCGAGUUUUUGUUAGAUCAAAUGGGAUUCCUCGGGCAUGUAACUUUAGGUGAUGGUGUAUCAGUGGAUCCUACGAAGAUUGAAGUUAUUUUGAAUUGGAGUCAUCCUACAAGUGUAACAAAUGUGAGGAGUUUUCCAGGAUUAGCUGGUUAUUAUCGAAGAUUUGUGGAAGGAUUUUUCCUUAUUGUUACUCUUCUGACUCGGUUAACAUGA